UGGAACCUGCAGAACCCUGGUUCUGGCUGGAGGCUGGGAGGCAACUCCCAGUCCCACUGCCAGCACCCAGCAAGAUCACUUCAUCUGGCCCAAGUCUUCCAGUCUUUGAUCUUGUGGUCACCACAAUGUCCUGGCCAUGACUCUUGAAUAACAUCGAACCAUGAAAUCUCUGGGGGUGGCACCUGCCCCCACAAGUCUGCUCUCCCCACAGCCACAUGGGCUCAGCUUCUGGACUUGCCACAGACAGAAAGUUUAACACACACUCAUUGGGGAGAGUCUCUUCCUGAUCAGCAACUGCUCAGACUGGGCACCCUCACCUCUGGGACUGUGUGGAUCACUGCAUGGGGUGAACACAGCUACUUCUCAGGCCACCAGUGUCCAGCACUGGCCUGGUUGAGAAUGGAAUCCUGGACCCCAGCCUGUUCUUCUUCAAGGCAGGGGGUGGCCAGCCAGUAAGGGCAGGAGAUGCAGAGCACCACCAAUUACCUGUGGCACACGGAUGACCUGCUGGGGCAGGGGGCCACUGCCAGUGUGUACAAGGCCCGCAACAAGAAAUCCGGGGAGCUGGUUGCUGUGAAGGUCUUCAAUACUGCCAGCUAUCUGCGCCCCCGUGAGGUGCAGGUGAGGGAGUUUGAAGUUCUUCGGAAGCUGAACCACCAAAACAUCGUCAAGCUCUUCGCAGUGGAGGAGACGGGGGGCAGCCGGCAGAAGGUACUGGUCAUGGAGUACUGCUCCAGUGGGAGCCUGCUGAGUGUGCUGGAGAGUCCAGAGAAUGCCUUUGGGCUGCCAGAGGAGGAGUUCCUGGUGGUGCUGCGCUGUGUGGCGGCCGGCAUGAACCACCUGCGGGAGAAUGGCAUCGUGCACCGGGACAUCAAGCCCGGAAACAUCAUGCGUCUAGUGGGCGAUGAGGGCCAAAGCAUCUAUAAGCUCACUGACUUUGGGGCAGCCCGGGAGCUGGAUGACGAUGAGAAGUUCGUCUCGGUCUAUGGGACUGAGGAGUACCUGCACCCUGACAUGUAUGAACGGGCGGUGCUUCGCAAGCCCCAGCAGAAAGCAUUUGGAGUCACUGUGGAUCUCUGGAGCAUUGGGGUGACCCUGUACCAUGCAGCUACUGGCAGCCUGCCCUUUGUCCCCUUUGGUGGACCACGACGCAACAAGGAGAUCAUGUACCGCAUUACCACAGAGAAACCAGCCGGAGCCAUUUCAGGUGCUCAGAAGCAGGAGAACGGGCCACUGGAGUGGAGCUAUAGCCUCCCCAUCACCUGCCAGCUGUCCAUGGGUCUGCAGAGCCAGCUGGUGCCCAUCCUGGCCAACAUCCUGGAGGUGGAGCCUGCCAAGUGCUGGGGCUUUGACCAGUUCUUUGCGGAGACCAGUGACAUCCUGCAGCGAGUUGUGGUCCACGUCUUUUCGCUGUCCCAGGCGGUCCUGCAUCACGUCUAUGUCCACACCCAUACCACAGUAUCUGUCUUUCUGGAGGCUGUGUACAAGCAGACCAGUGUGGCCCCCCAGCACCAGGAGUACCUCUUUGAGGGUCAUCUCUGUGUCCUGGAGCCCAACUUCUCAGCCCAGCACAUCGCCCACACUACAGCAAGCAGCCCCCUGACCCUGCUCAAUAUGGCCAGUGACGGCCCCAAGGGGCUGGUCUUCAGGGACCCUGCUCUGGACGUCCCCAAAUUUGUCCCCAAAAUGGACCUGCAGGCAGACUACAGCACAGCCAAGUGUGUGUUGGGCGCUGGCCACCAGGCCUUAAGGCUGGCUCGGGCUCUGCUGGCUGGGCAGGAGGUGAUGCUUCGGGGGCUGUACUGGUUUGUGGAGAUGCUCCAGGCCACAUGCAGACGGACACUGGAGGUCACCAGGAUGGCUCUCCUCUUCCUCAGCAGCAACCUCAGCAGUGAGAGGUUCAGCAGUGAGACUGGGAUACCUGAGCUGGAGGAGCUGAGGAAGACCUUAGAGCUGAGGAUCAAGCUGCGGACUUUGGUGGGGGUCCUCUCCAGAUGUUCCCACAACAUCACAAAGACCCAGAUGAGCUUGAGCACCCUGAGCUGUGAGCUGGUGAAGAGCCGGGAUCAGGUACAUGAGGACAGAAGCAUCCAUCAGAUUCAGUGCUGUGUGGACAAGAUGCAUCUUAUCUACAAGCAGUUCAAGAAAUCCAGGAUGAGGCCAGGGCUUGGCUACAAUGAGGAGCAGAUUCACAAGCUGGAUAAGGUGAACUUCAGUCAUUUAGCCAAAAGGCUCCUGCAGGUCUUCCAGGAGGAGUGUGCACAGAAGUAUCAGGCAUCCCUGGUCACCUACAGCAAGCAGCUAAGGACAGUACAUGAGACCAGGAACCACCUACGCCUGGUGGGCUGCUCUGUGGCAGCCUGUAACACGGAAGCCCAAGCAGCCCAGGAGAGCCUCAGCAAGACCCUGGACCUGCUAUCCCAUCAGCUCCUUCAGGACAGAGCAAAGGGGACCCAGACCUCACUGCCCACCACAGCUGCUCAUCUCAGCCCUCUACCAAAAGACCUGAUUAUCCACAUGCAGGAGCUCUGUGAGGGGAUGAAGCUGCUGGCCUGUGACCUCCAGGACAACAACCGCAUCAUUGAAAGGCUAAGUAGGGACCCACUGUCUUCUGACGUCUGACUAGUGUGACAUGUAAUGCAUCCUGAAGCAUUAGAAUCAUUCAAACACUGCUCUCCUGCCUGCACUGCGGAACCACCAUGGGACACUGGCAGGUCCCUUCUCAUCAGCUACCUUCCUCCUGGCCCAAAGCUGGGAGAUGUUACCAGCAUUACCUUCCACUGCCUUCCUGUGGGGAGAGUUACAGCAAGCAAAACAUGGAGCAACAGGCCUUCUCUGUCAGGACACACUGGGAGAGGCUUUGAGGAAAAGAAGUUCCUCUGAGUCUCCUACUCAUCCACUCUUCCGGGAGGAGGCCUCCUGGGGUAUCUCAGGGUUCUCACUCAAAGGACCAACCCAUCUCCCUUCUUACUCUGUUUCCCAGGGAAUGCUUACCCCUCGCCUCACCGUGCUCAGCCUGGCACCACAGAGCCCAGUUUUGCUUUUACUUUGGGUCUAGCCGAUCCAAAGGGUGAAGAGAUGGAUGGUGAGGCCAGGCCUGGUGUUUUGGGCCACUAUACCUCCUCUGUCUACAGAGACACCAGGUUCUGGCUUUGCAGCCAGUUGGGUCAGCAGCAGCCUGGCUGUUUCAUACUGGGCUUGUCUAGGUUACUGAAGAGAUAGGAGGCCUGCGCCUUCAAGAGCUGAAAUUAAAUGCAGCCUCCUUUUCUA